AUGUGUAUAAUCAGACUGAAGGGAAGAUUUAGAAAUGUAACGUUGGUCUCUGUCUAUGCCCCUACAGAAGAUGCUGAUGAGCAGGUAAAAGAAGAUUUCUACGACAUGUUAACAAGUAAAUUAGAACGGAUUAGCCAACACGAUAUGGUACUGGUCUUGGGGGAUCUGAAUGCUCAAGUAGGGAGAGAAAGUGCCCUUAGGUCAGUGGCUGGAAAAUAUUCACUCCAUGAAGAAUCCAAUAGUAAUGGGUUUCUAGUUGCGCAGUUUGCAGAGAGCAACAGAUUGAUUAUCAGGAGUACCUGCUUUCCUCAUAAAAGGAUACACCUGGGAACAUGGAAAGCACCAGGCACCGAAAUUGUGAAUCAGAUUGAUCAUGUUUUAGUAUCUGCAAGGCAUGCCUCGGGUGUAUUGGAUGUGCGUACAAUGAGAGGACCAAACUGCGACUCUGACCACUUCAUGGUUAGAGCGUUAAUACGAUUUAGACUGGCCAAUAUACGCAAGGAGAAUGGGGUGAAAAGGUGCAAGUGGGAUGUCAGUAAGUUGAGGAUGGAUAGAGAGAGACAGAUAUUUCAAAAUGAUAUAGAUAGGAAGUUUGGACAGAGCGAAAUGGAAGAAGCGGAUGUGAAUGUUCAGUGGAAGAGGAUACAGAGCAUUUUAGAGAGAUCUGCCAAAGAGACCAUAGGGGUAGAAAAAAUGGCAAGAAAUCAGGAAUGGUUCGAUAGGGAGUGUGAAGAAGCAAUUAGGGAAAGGAACGAUGCUAGAAAUAAGAUGUUGCAAAGAGAUACAAGAGGAGCUAGAGCAAACUACAAUUUAUUAAGAAGGAGAGCAAAAUCAAUUCUAAGGUCGAAAAAGAGAGAAGCAAUCAAGCAAAAGAUUCUACACCUACAAACAUUGAGUGAAACCAACCAGAGUAAAAAAUUGUACAAAGAAGUGAACUGGUUCAGAAAAGGGUUCCAGGCAAGGUUGAACGGCUGUAAAGACAAAAAUGGGCAUGUGGUUAGUAAUGAGAUGGUCUUAAAUAGGUGGACCGAGCAUUUCGAGGAGGUGUUGAAUGAGAGAGAAGAAGAUGGACAGCCAAGCCGUCGUUUUGAAAUGCCACACAAUGUUGACAGGGAAGAUGAAGAAACUGCAGAACCUACCAUUCAAGAACUAGAGAGAGCAAUAGCAGCUCUAAAGAACAAUAAAGCUCCUGGUGAGGAUGGCAUUCUCAGUGAGAUGAUAAAGAGUGGAGGAGAUAGAUUGAAAAAGGAGCUGUAUGUAUUAAUUUUGAUGGUAUGGAGAGAUGAGAAAAUGCCCGAUGAUUGGAAGACAAGCAUGAUCUGCCCAAUCUUUAAAAAAGGGGAUAAAAUGGUUUGUGAAAAUUAUAGAGGAAUCUCUUUGCUUAGCAUUGCUUAUAAAGCCUUCACAAAUAUCCUACUUCAACGGCUCACUCCUUUUGCAGAGGCAGUGCUUGGCGACUACCAAGGAGGAUUUAGAAAAGGCAGGAGCACAGUGGACCAGAUCUUCACAUUGAGACAGGCAAUGGAAAAGUGUAUAGAGCACGAUAUAAGUCUCCACAUGCUGUUUGUAGACUACAAGAGAGCGUUCGACAGUUUAUACAGGAGAAAGCUACUUGAAGCACUGGAUAAGAAUAACUUACCUUCAAAAUUAAUAAGGCUAGUGGCUGCUACCCUAAAUGAGACCUUCUCCAGAGCUUUUCUCACAUGUCGACAAAUAAGAGAAACAGUUUUGAAGCAAGGGCAACAUGACUUUGUAUGGAAUGUGGUUGAUGGUGGCAACGCACCAGAUUAG